AUGGCGUCUCCCGUCGCUUCGGCCGCCCUACGGUCUCGCGUCAAACGCGCAUCUUUGCUGAACAAACUCGUCCGUCCCCAAGACCUCCUCCAGCACUUUCCCAACGGCGCCUACAUCGGCUGGUCCGGGUUCACCGGCGUCGGCUACCCCAAGAAGAUUCCCACAUUCCUCGCCGACCACGUCGAGCAGAACAGCCUCCAGGGCCAGCUGCGCUACAGCCUGUUUGUCGGCGCCUCCUCCGGCGCCGAGACGGAGAACCGUUGGGCUGGCCUCAACAUGAUUGAGCGACGAAGCCCUCACCAGGUUGGCAAGGCCAUCUCCAAGGGUAUCAAUGAGGGCCGCAUCCACUUCCACGACAGGCAUCUGUCCCAGUUUCCCGUCGACCUCGUCUACGGCUUCUAUACAAAGGAACGCCCCAACAAGAACCUCGACGUCGUCGUCGUCGAGGCCACCGAAAUCAAGGAGGACGGCAGCAUCGUCCCUGGCGCCUCCGUCGGCGCCACCCCCGAGCUGGUACAGAUGGCCGACAAGAUCAUCAUCGAGGUCAACACCUCGCUGCCGAGCUUCGACGGCCUGCACGACAUCACCAUGACCGACCGGCCCCCGCACCGCAAGCCCUACCUCAUCAUGGGCGUUGAGGACCGCAUCGGUCGCACCUCCAUCCCCAUCGACACGGAAAAGGUCGUCGGUAUCAUCGAGUCCGACUACCCCGACCAGACGGCCCCCAACACCCCGGCCGACGCCGCCUCGCGUGCCAUCGCCGGCCAUCUCAUCGAGUUCUUCGAUCACGAGGUCACCCACGGCCGCCUGCCCAAGAGCCUCCUCCCCCUGCAGUCCGGCAUCGGCAACAUCGCCAACGCCGUCGUCGGCGGCCUCAAGGACUCCAACUUCUGGAACCUCAAGGUCUGGACCGAGGUCAUCCAGGACACCUUCCUCGACCUCUUCGACUCGGGCCACCUCGACUUCGCCACCGCCACCUCGGUCCGCUUCUCCCCCGACGGCUUCCAGCGCUUCUACGACAACUGGGACAGCUAUCAUAACAAGCUCCUCCUCCGCAGCCAGGGCGUCUCCAACUCCCCCGAGAUCAUCCGCCGCCUCGGCGUCAUCGGCAUGAACACCCCCGUCGAGGUCGACAUCUACGCCCACGCCAACAGCACCUGCGUCUUGGGCUCCCGCAUGCUCAACGGCCUCGGCGGCAGCGCCGAUUUCCUCCGCAACGCAAAGUACAGCAUCAUGCACACUCCCUCCACCCGCCCCUCCAAGACGGACCCCCACGGAGUCAGCACAAUCGUCCCCAUGUGCACCCACAUCGAUCAGACCGAGCACGACUUGGACGUUGUCGUCACCGAGAACGGCCUCGCCGACGUCCGCGGCCUGAGCCCCCGCGAGCGCGCUCGCGUCAUCAUCAAGAACUGCGCUCACCCCCUCUACCGGCCCAUCCUGGAGCGCUACUUUGACAAGGCCGAGUUCGAGUGCCUCCGCAAGGGCAUGGGUCACGAGCCCCACUUGCUCUUCAACACCUUUGACAUGCACAAGGCUCUCGUCGAGGAGGGCAGCAUGCAGAAGGUCAAGAGCUUCUAA